AUUUUUAAAGCCGAACGGUAAUGAUUCCAGAUCUACCGUAAAACAAAAAAUAAACAGAAUACAACUUUGCAUCAAACUCUGGUUCUUUUAAAAUUCUCAUUCUCUCUCUAAAACACACACUCUCUCUCUCUCUAAAACCGAGGCUACUAGUCUGAGCAGAAUAGCAGUCCUCACUUCUCUGCAAUUCGAGGCCAUUAGCCAUGCUUCUCCAAAAGACCCAAGAAGCGCCAUGAGAAGUGCUCUUUGAACCCCGUAGUUCUUGUUUUUUCCCUCCUUUAAGGAUUUAACCCUAGUAUUUCGAGCAUGAAGGAAAGCAAAUCUUCGAAGCUUCAUGUGCAACAGCAACACCAGCACAAUGGAGACGUUUCCCCAUUCUUUAUGGGUAAAUUGUUAGAUCCAGAAGCUUCAUGGGAUAAGGACCAGCUUGGCGAUGUUUUGCAUUGGAUUAGGCAAGUUGUCGCUUUGAUAUUUGGAUUGCUAUGGGGUGCUAUUCCUUUGGUAGGAGCGAUAUGGAUUGUCGUUUUCUUGGUGCUGUCAUCAGGAAUCAUUUACGGGUAUUAUGCGUUGGUAUUGAAAGUUGAUGAGGAAGAGUUUGGUGGUCAUGGAGCUCUUCUUCAGGAAGGCCUAUUUGCAUCCUUGACCCUCUUUCUGCUCGCUUGGAUAUUGGUUUACAGUUUGGCGCAUUUCUGAUGGGCAAUUCUCUUUUCUCACGAACUUCUGAUGGGCUCUUUUCAGCCAUUCUGGCCGGCAAUUCUCUUUUCUCUUUCAUUUUUCUUUUCUCAUUUAUCAAUUUUCAAUGCCCUUUACAUGUCGAGGAGAAAAUUUGUACGGAGUUUCUUAGCUUGUGUGCUAUCUGUCAUUUAUUUGUCUUGUGACAACAUUCCUUGUAUGAUUUUUACUUGUUAAUACUUGGAUCAAAUUUUAGUAAAAGUAGGAAAGAACAAUUUGGCCCUCUUCA